GAGGAUCGAUGGGCAGAUCAAAUGGAAGUAAAGUUGUAUGGGGCUGCUUUAUUUCUCAACCCUUCUAAGUAUUUUGACUUGAAAAGGACUGAUACUGCGUAUGCUUAUGAGCAACGAGAGUUGUUUAAUGAUGUGGUUUACAAGAUGAUUGGUGAUGAUGAUGAGUUGGAGGGUAAAAUCAGCAAACAAGUUGAUGAUUAUGAUUUCAUGCGAUGAGAAUUUGCAAAGCCAUUGCCAAUCAAACAUCAAAAAAUCAAGGCACCUCGUAACUCUUGAUUGGUGGAAUGCUUUUGGUGGCCAUGCUUUGGAGCUACAAUCAUUUGCUUUACGCAUAAUAGGCCUUUGUUGUUGUUCUUCGGGUUGCGAACGCAAUUGGAGUACGUUUGAAUUUAUCCACACCAAGAAAAGAAAUAGGUUGGAGCAUAAGAGACUGAAUGAUUUGGUGUUCAUUCAGUACAAUAGGAAAAUUGUCAACAGGUUCAAAAAGAGGCGUGAAGAAGGAAGUGAUUUCAACCCUUUGGUUUUAGAAGAGUUUUCUUGGGAUAAUGAGUGGGUUGAUGAUUCUGCUACUCAAGUUGUUCACCGUGGGGAUGAUCUUUUAUGGGAUCAAGUUGAUGAAGUUCUUGGUGCUUCAAGAAAUCUAGAUCGCCGUAAUCCGAGGAGAGGUGAUGUUGGUGAACCUUCAAGUUCAGUUAGGGUUUAUUCUCGACGUCGUAAUGAUGAUACAGAUGUUGAAGAGAAUGGUGAAGAGAGUGAACCAUUUCCAGAUGAUGAUUUAGAUGUCGAUGAUGAGGAUCAGGAUGCCACGGACAUCAUUCCUAACAACCAAGCUGGUUCUAGAUUUGACAAUUUCCUUGAUGAUGUUUAAGUAUUUUUAUGUUGGAUUAUGUUAUUUGACUUAUUUCUAUUUUCUAGUUUUGGAUUAUGGAUAAUG